CGUUUUCGUUUUCCUUGGACGCAUGCUAAAUUACAAAAAAAAAUAUUUCUCUAGAAAGUAAAUAAAGAAGGAAACGAGACGCUAUGAAUAAAUAAAUAAUGGAAUUUAGAUAAGUAAUACGUAAUCCCUUAUAUAGAAGUGUAUUUCUGUUUUGUGUCCUCGUUAAGAUAUUAUUUGCGGCAUCUCGAAUCUCGAUAAGUGUUCAUGUAAAAUGUCUACGUGCCCAAGUCUGGAGCUAUGCUGGUGAAAGUGAAGAAAGACAAAUUCUGAAAAUGGUCACAAAUAAAAUAGUGUUACUGUAAAAAGUGACUGAAGUUUUUCGGAAUGGAAGGCUACCAACCAAGCGGGGAGGAGAUCGAGCGGGCCCUGAUGGACCUUGGCUUGCCUCUUCUCGGGGUCAACAUCAAGGAAGAAGUCUCCGAGGAUCUGACGGCGGAUACGGCGGGGAAUGCGCCACCAGCUAACAAUGCUGGUCCUUCUGACGGGGCAGGCACAAGCGGCCCCGGCGAUCCCGAGGCGGGGGCAGACUCCCUGGCGUCCCCCACGGCACCGCGGCCGCCGCCCUCCGCCGCCCGCUGCGUGAUGUGCCAGACUCCACUGGCCUCUGCAGAGGGCACACCCAAGCUGCUGGAGUGUCUGCAUUCCGCAUGCGAGCCAUGCCUCCAGGUCAAGUUGGAGGAGGCCAGGCAACCUACUAAUAGAGAUUUCCUGGGCGCCGAGCGUGUGACGAUCACUUGCCCAGCUUGCCGGCUGCCGUGCCAGCCCGCCAACAUGAUCGACCAGCGGUUCGUCAUAGAGAAAGUGACAGCAGAGCAGAGCCCUAAUAACGGUGCCACUUCCGGGGAGCAGCAGUGCAACAGUUGCGAGGACACGGAGCCAGCCACCAGCUACUGCGCGGACUGCGCCGAGUUCAUCUGCGAGAACUGUGUCCACGCUCACCAGAGACUGAAGAUCACAAAGGACCACACGAUCAAGUCCAAAGAGGAAGCGUUGACGGAGCUGCAGCUGGCACAGAGCAGCGCGCGCUCCGCCGCCGACAUGUACUGCCGGGAGCAUCCGCAGGAACGGCUGUCGCUGUUCUGCGAGACGUGCGACCGGCUGACGUGCCGCGACUGCCAGCUGCAGCACCACAGGGACCACAAGUACCAGUUCAGCUCCGAGAUGGCCACUCAGGCGCGCGCGGCGGUGGCGGCGCUGCUGGCGGAGGUGAGCUACAAGCGCGUGCUGCUGCGCUCGGCCAUGCGCGUGAUCCGCGAGCGCCAGCUGCUCAUCGCCGACAAGAAGCGCGCGCUGGUGCACGACAUCACGCAGACCGUCGUCAGAUUGACAAACGCGAUAAACACCCGCGGCAAACAGCUAGUCCUCCGCCUGAACGAGGUGUGCGACGCCAAGCAGCGGACCCUCAACGAGAAGAAGGAGGCGCUGGAGCAGCUGGCCUCCGUCACCGACCACUGCGUGGAGUUCGUCUCCGGCGCCCUGGAGCACGGCUCCGACACCGCGCUGCUGCACUGCAAGAGGGCCGUCUGCCAGCAUCUGCAGCGGAUCAAGUCCAGGAGGGCGGAUAUACCUAAUCCGGAGAUACCGGUCCGCAUCAGUCUCCAGCUGGACAAGCUGCCGGAUCUUGUCAGAGUGUUAUCGAGCAUUGGCGCGAUCGUGGUAGACGGGAAAGUGGACGGAGCGGGGGGCUCCGGCGCCGGCGGGCCCUACCAGCCUUCCCAGCCUCAGCAAGGCCAGAACGCCGCGCUCGCUCAGAACGCUGCGCUCGCUCAGAACGCUCAGCUAGCGCAGAACGCCGCGCUCGCUCAGAACGCUACGCUCGCUCAAAACGCUCAGCUAGCUCAGAAUUCGCAGGCCGGACAGCCGCCGCAUUCGGCUGUCGUGGCGUUGCAACAUGUAGCAAUGCAUCAGCAGUACGUGCAGUCGAUGGCGGGCGCGGGCGCGGGCGCGGGCUACCUGUCGCCGCUGCCGCUGCGCGCGCCGCGCCCGCACACGCCGCUGCGCCAUCCGCACGUCACCUCCACCACGCAUCCGCAUCAUCUGCACGGCAUGAGCGAGAUGAACCUGCGCGGGCUGCUGGGCGCGCAGGCGCAGGCGGGCCCGCGCGCGCGCCUGCCGCACGCCAGCGUGCACGCCGCCUACCAGCACAUGAUGGGCACAUACCCGUCUAACAUGGCGAACAUGUCGGCCAUGACAGUGGCGGCGCCCCCGCCCCGCCGGGCGCUGCCCCGCACGCCGUCCCCCGCGCCCGCCCCGCACAUGUUCCAGCCGCCCGCCAAGUGGCACAUCCCGCAGCAGAGCCUCGCCUCUGGCGUAGCGGAGAGCGUGUCCACAGGCGGCGCGGGCAGCGGCGCGGGCGCGGAGUACAAGAUCACGCUGUCGCGGCCGCAGUCGCAGCCGCGCCACGCCGCCGUCACCUCCACCAACCCCAAGACGCCCAGCCCCAGCCUCAAUGGCGGCGCCAUGGAGCUGGACAAGGUGUGCGCGGAGUCGGUCCAAGACCUGAUGGCCACGAUCGCCAAGCUGGACUCGAACGGCGUGCAGGUGGUGGCGGAGGCGGCCUCGCCCGCGCCGCCCGUGCACUCCUCCACCGACAGCCCGCGGCGCCGCGCGCCCGCCAGCGACCCCAACGAGGACUGGUGCGCCGUGUGCAUGGACGGCGGCGAGCUCAUGUGCUGCGACAAGUGCCCCAAGGUGUUCCACCAGUACUGCCACAUCCCCACCAUCGAGAAGCUGCCCGAUGAAACGGAGACGUGGCAAUGCCUGCUGUGCGUGAACUUCGCGGAGCUGCCGGCCGAGGAGCCGCCGCCGGGCGCCGACGCGCUGUCGCCGCGCCAGCUCAAGCUGGUGGAGCGCAUCACGCUGGAGCUGUACUGCCAGUACGAGCCCAGCCUCGUGUUCCGCGAGCCCGUGCCCGCCGACAACCUGCACUACCACUCCAAGAUCUCCCGGCCCAUGUGCCUGGACAUGAUCCGCAUGAAGCUGCAGCCGCGCUCCCCCACCAGAUACACGCACGUGGCGCAGUUCGUGGCGGACUGCCGGCUGCUCUUCCGCAACGCCUACCACUACAACCCGCCGGACUCGUCCAUCUACAAGGACGCCAAGCGCCUAGAAGAGUUCUUCGACCUGCAGCUGCUGAAGUGGCUGCCGGAGUACGCGUACUGGAGCGGCGACGGCGACCCGCCCGCCAAGCGCCCGCGGCUGCACUGACCGCCGCCGCUGGGCCCCUAUUGAAGUGGUGCAGCUAUUGAAACGUCAUUCACACCGUGCCCACUGCUCGCUCAAAUGUGCUGCUGCUCGGGGAAUGAGAUGUUAAGAGCUUGAACAUGCAACAGAUGAAGUGCAGCCACUAUUUCAAUCUGAUGGUACGGACGACCUCCUACUCAGCAUGUUGGAGGGAAAAUACAGUGAAUCAGUGUAUUGUUCUUAUUCUUUAAACUAGACAAAGUUGAUUCUACAUAAAGAAUAUGAUGUCAUUGACACCCUCCCCACUAAUUGGAUGCCCCGCUGGAAGGGGAAUAUAGUGCAUCGAUGUACUUCAUUUGAAAUUAUAUUAUUCUUAGACUCCCAACUGCUUGAUGUUCAGACCUGCUGGAUGCAGAAUUUAGUUGAUUUUUAACUUUUACGUUGCAUUAUACUAUUUUUAAAUAAUACAGGUAUUAAACGCGCACGUAACGUACCUUUAUUUUAUCUCGGACGUUCCGAAUCAUGUUACAAUGAUCCGUGGUCAGACAGUUACUGAAAAUCAGCAGGCUACGGCUCCAUGUAUACGGCUGAAUAUAGUGACUCAUUGUUAUGUACUCUGGUUUUGCAAUUCUCACCGAACAUUGUGUGAUGACAAAUAUUUGAGGUUUGUUGAAAGUGACACCCUCCCACUACUUGAUCUGCCGAAGGUAAAUAUAGAGUUUAAUUUUGAAAAAUUACAUUAACUGGUACAGAAGUGCGGGGCCACUUUGAUUGAUCUGUGGUAUUUGUGCAGUAAUAAUGCAGUUUUUAUUUGUACCACAUUUUUUUAAAUUGAUAUUUGUAUCAGCAGACGUACACAUACCCAUCUGCACAAAUAAAAAUAAAAUGAUAUUGUAUUGACCUGCCUGGAUAUUAUCACUGGAAAUGACGCCAUGAAUAUGAUGUAUGAUAACAUCAUUAAAAAUUAAGAAAUAUAUUUGGGAUAUGACUACAUAGUUUUUUUUAAUUUUGUUUCCUAUAUAUGUAGAAUUAUAGUAAUUUGUUGAUGGAUGAUGUAUAUGAUUGCUAAGUACGCUAAGAAUGAAGGAGUCUUCUUAUAUAGCAUUUUUGCAGUAAAAGAAAAUACACUCAAAUGAUAAGGAGAAAAUGGCCUACACCUGGCAUAGACUGGACUUUGAGGCAAAUAUGUUAAGUUAGAUAAAGUUACUAUUAAUAUUAAAUGUAUCUAGUAUUACAGUGUCUAGGCUGCCGUAUGUUGACUGAUAUUACAAUGCUAGGUUUAAUUUGAAUCUUAAUUCAUUUUAUUUUUGUAUGAUAUUGGAUCGUUAAAAGUUACAAUUUCAUCCAACAUUUCAUUCAAAAGUUUGUUAUUGUGAUUAUCUAAAAACAAUAGGAAUCUCCAGAUAAAUUAGGCCGGAACAAAAAUACAUGUUGUAUUAGUCAAUGAACGGCCAGCUGAUGUCGGGCUGGCACGAUGCGACAGCUGACGCACUUGCCGCAAGUUUUCACCAAAACGUGUGAGUUUCAAGAGAUAGGAGCAAAGGAAAUAAUAAAAAUCAAAAAUAUAAACGUGAUAACACAGAAUGAGUUGUCCCCAAUUUUUAUUUUUAGUAAUAAACUCAAAAAUACACAUACACGCGCCAGUCCAGUUGAGACCGCUCUCCCCGAAGGGUAGGCGCAGACUUCGUCUUUCUACUUACAAUCCCUGCAUAUUUCUUUCACUUCAUCCUCAAUUUUUUUUUCAUUCAACUUUUGUCUCCCUUAAAAUGAACUUUCCCAUUCAUACUCUCCUUGUUUAUGUUUAAGACAACCUGUUUUUUUUAUUCUUCCUCGUCGCAAUCUUUUAAUUCCAUUUUCUAUUCCUGUCACUAUAAUCUUCCUUAAUUAUAUUCUCUUCCUAUCACGCUGCUUCUGAUAAAGAUGUUAAUUUAAAAAUUACAUCAAAUACAUGUGUUGUCAUGAUGUAAAUGCGUCACGUCACAUUGUGCACGGUCUCGGUCUUGUUUCAUUGUUCUGUGUUAAGACCGUUCGUUAGGUUUGAUUGUCUUCUGUGAUAAAACAGUAUCAGAUUUUCCUCAUUUGUUUAAGCAGAGUAGGUAUGUACAGAGACUAAGCUUUUUGAGAAAACUUAUUUGAUUAAUAUGAAAUAAAAUUUUCGAUAUUUGUACCUGAUUUAAUGUGGCUUAUGAGAUGUCUGUUGCAUUUCAUAUGCUAACUGCACUUAUGAUAUUAUGAUGUUGUUUAACUACAUUAUUUUGAAAUCUAGAUACAAAACUAUAUCGUUUUUAAGGUAUAUGCAAUAAAUAAGAUUUAUAUGUAAUCUGUUAUUAAGUCUUCUUUUUGUACUUUGCAAACUGUAAAUGUAACAAUAAAGAAUAAAUAUGUCACUUUUUUCUUAACUAGCCACAACUACAUUAAUAAUUCAAUAAUUAAUAAUCUGUGACAAAGUAAACUUAACAAUUGUUUACUGAGUGAUUGUAGCAUUGUCUCUGUAAAUACUUGCUCUGUACCGUGCAGAGCUCACAACUAAUUUAUUUAUUUUAUUGUAUAUCUUGGUUACUGUCACACUUGGUAUUGAUAGGUUAAGUUAAGCUGGAUUUCGCACAAAUAAUUUUUAUUUUUAAGAUUAAGUCUAUUUGUGUAUUUUCUGUUUCCUGUGGGUCGUGAGGUAACAGUGCAUGAAGUGUGCUGCAGGGUGUAAAGAAACAUAUUUUGGUCAUAUUUGAGCAAAUUUUCUUUAUAACCCUGUAAUGUAUUGAAUUGCUAAGUUUUUGUAUAUUUUCGCAGGCACUGCCAAUCUGGUCGAAUAUUAAUUUGACUCUCUGUUAUUUAUACUCAAAAUGUUAUGUAACAAAUUUUAUUUCUCUUUUUUACUACGGACAAAAUUCACACAAAGUCUAAGACCGCUGGGUCGCUGAUAGUAGUGGUACCAUAAAUUGAUUUACAUUUUAAAAGUAUAUGAUGGUUCGUAUUAAAAUCUAAAAGUAGAUUUAUUGUUAACGUUGAUCGUCGUCUUUACAUUACCUUAAUUGUAAUUGUAAGCAUACACUGUUUAGAUAAUCUCCACAUAUUAUAUUAGAAAUAAAUUUCAUUUAUUG